AUUUGACUUUGACGUUUCUUCUAUGUCCGGUAGUGACCGCCAUAAUUUUUAUAAAUUUAUUUGGAAGAUAUUUCAGAAGUUUAGAAAGUUGAUGUUUAUAUAAUUUUAUGAUUAACGAAUGAUUAUAUAUCUAAAAUGGGUAUAAACAGUUAAAAAUGAUCCUUAUUUAGUGCAUUGACAAGAAUAUAAAAAAAGUAGUGUCAUGGCGCCAUUUUAAGAUUGAAAAGUUUGUUUAUGUGUUUUUAUUUAUGUUGUACCUUUAAAUUAUUUUUAAAAAUCUCUCUGUAAUUGUUUAUAAAUUCAAGAUGAAUUCAUCUAAUGUUCAAGAUUGUGAAGGCCCAAUUACCGAUUUAUCCUCUUCAUUUUAUAGCUCGAACUUGUUUGAAAGUACUCCAAAGGCUCAGCCAGAUCGUUUAUUUACGAGCAGCUCGAAAAAACGAAAGGUACAAUACUCUGAUAUAAGAAUUAGAAGAGGAGAUUCAUUAGAACCAUCUCCAUCUACUACACCAGAUUUAAAUGCAUCUAGUGAAUGUUUGUCUAAAAAUUUUGAAAAUUUUAAAAUCGAACAAAAUUAUUUUAAUGUUGACAACUGGGACGAGCCUGCAACAAAAUAUUUUAAAAAUAAUGGGUGUGAAAAGAUUGUCACUCCACCAUCCACACCAGAAUUCCAUUCAAAAACCUUUGAAAGUACACCGAAAAAAUCAGAAAGUUUCCUAAAAUAUGCCUCCGCAUGUAGUGUUGCAUCGCCUUUAAAAGAGCAGCAUGAUAUAUUAUAUCCUAGUUUGAAGCCCUUAAAGCCUCUGAAAAUUAAGGAAAGAUUUGAUAGAAUCGGAUAUAAUUCCACAUUGUUUAAAUCAAAUGUGGUACGAGAUAGUAAAAAAUUUCGGGAAUUUAUUUCAAAUGAUGUCAUCAUGGAGAAAGUUUUUAGUUAUUUAUCUGAUGGAGAUUUGUUUAGAGUGUCCAUGAUCCCAAGUUUUAAAGAUGCCAUUAGUAGGAAUUUAAAGAUUACAGAGAGGUAUGAAAAGUUUAAAGAGUGUCAUAAAAAUAAUAAGGAGAAUUAUAAGAUUACACCUCCAAGUAGUCCUGAGACUCAACAGCUAUUUUCAGACGGUUCAAGUAGUCCUAGUAGUAAAAACUUCAGAGAUUUUGUUGAUUUAGGGAACCAAUUAAGUCAUAAUCAAUCGCUGACAAAGUGCCCACAGUGUGAAAAGCCUUCAGUUUUAGAAAAUUCAAUUGGACAGUGUCAGAAUGUCAAUUCAUGUGGAUAUAUUUUUUGUCAGAAGUGCGAUAGCUUUGCUUACACCCCUACAGCAUUUAUUGACAAGUGCCGAGAAAUUACUUUGGGCCAGUCACUCAGUAGUAAAAAGAGGAGGGGUCUGGAGGAUUUGAGCAAUUUAUCACUGGAUUUUAAUGAUAGUUCUAUAAUGAACAGUACAUCUCUAAAUUACCAUUCAUCAAAUAUGUAUUAUUCUUCAGGAUAUGGUUCUAGUUAUGAAACUUCACGCACGCCAUUGUCUGUUAAAAGAAAUUUAAAUAAAUCAUCAUUCGUUAGCAAUGACAGUGCAUUAAAACAACAAAAUUCAUUGUUUGAUAUUAGCAACAGAUCAAUAACAACUACUAAGGACCAGAAGCGAGAAGGAAAGAGGAAGUCUUUGCCACAUGUAGCGCCUGUGAUACAAAAUGAAAGGAAGAUUGUUGAGAUUAAGGAACCAGCUUCACCACCAUUGAAAAUGUAUUCUGCUUGUUCAAAACAGAGUAAGAAAAUGCUAAAGAGAUUGACCAGAUAAUAAGAGAAUUAUAUCCUUACCUGAAUUCUUUUAAAUUUUGUCUGUAAAUUUUUGUAUUUUAUAUAUAUUGUGAUUUAAAUACGUUUAAUUUUGUGUCCAACACUAAAUUGUGUUCAGUACUGUUUUACUUCAUCAUUCCAAUUUGUUUACAAUUACAAAAAAAAUCUGGAACAACACUGUCUACAUACUUAAGUAAUUCGACAGUCUCUUUAUUUUAGUACAAUAUUGUUGAAGACAAUACUUUUACCUCUAACUAUUUGAAUUUAUUUUAAGAUGUUCUAGUUUUAGCUUAUUCUCACUCUUCUAUGGAUCUGAAUAAGAUGUACAUAACUUGUGUUAUUUAUCUAAUAUUAUAUACAUUUGUAAAAGUAAGUUUUAUGUUUAGCUCUAACUAUUUGAAUUUAUAUAUUAUAAUACAUUCCUUUUAUAAAUAAACUUUGCU